GGACAAAGUACAGUUCGGAGCGGCAAAUCACUAAGCCACAAUUCUUCUGUCGACUUGAAGGACAAAGUCAUGUGAUGAAAGCUGUCAUCUUUGGAAGAAAGGGUAAACAGAGAAGAAGACACUUAACACAUCAGUUCCAUGGCUUUCCGGGUUCUUCGCAGUCUGCAAUCAAAGCAAAUUUUCCGCCAAGCAAAACCAUUCCAAUCUGGCGAUGUCCCAAAGGGGCACCUUGCGGUUUACGUUGGGGAAAGCCGGAAGAAGAGAUUCUUGGUCCCGGUAUCGUUCUUGAACAAGCCUUCGUUUCAAGAUUUGCUAAGAAAAGCCGAAGAAGAGUUUGGAUUCGAUCACCCGAUGGGCGGACUCACGUUACCCUGCAGCGAAGAAGUAUUCGCACAUCUCACGUCUCGACUCAACAGUUCAUUAUGAUGCAACAGUACCAGCUUUGUACAUUUUCGAUCUUUCUUUUUUUUUUUGGCUUAACCAAUGUAACUUAGCUUUUGUCUUAAAAGUUUUAGUGAGAGGUUAGAUGUAAUGUUACGAGUAAUUGACGUUAUUGAGCUUAAACUUCUGAGAUA